UCCAAUUUGAUUUUGGUCUUUUUUUUGAAUUUCUCUUCGACAACUUCGACGACAACAACCACCCCGAUACUUGUUUCUCCAUACAUACAGAGACGCAACCAUGGGUAGAGGACCGUAAGUACUACCCAUCAAUCUAUGUCACAAGCAUUCAUCAUCUUCUCGAAUUCCGAAACCCUUUUCCCAGUCUGUCAGGACAUCCAAUUCAAUCGAAUUGAUAUGGUAUACUUUUGACAUUGCGACUCGUCGGCCAUUUGACAGCUGCUGCAAUGGCCAGCAAGAAACUGACCGACUCGAUUACCUUGUUCAAUCACCCUUUAUCUAAUCCUCGCAUUCAUACACAAAUCAGCACAUCCUAAUACUAUUUACUAAUAUUUUUGUCGCAUGCAGAAAGAAGCACCAAAAGCGUUUGAGCGCGCCAAAUCACUGGCUCUUGGACAAAUUGUCCGGUGCCUAUGCUCCUCGUGCGUCCGCCGGUCCACACAAGCUUAGAGACUGCAUGCCACUCAUCGUCUUCAUCCGCAACCGUCUCAAGUAUGCUCUCAACUCUCGCGAGACCAAGGCCAUCCUCAUGCAACGCUUGAUCAAGGUCGAUGGAAAGGUUCGCACCGAUGCUACAUACCCAGCAGGCUUCAUGGAUGUUAUCGGUAUCGAGAAGACCAGCGAGAACUUCCGCUUGGUUUACGACACCAAGGGACGUUUCACCGUUCACCGUAUCCAAGCUGAGGAGGCAGAAUACAAGCUCGCAAAAGUCAAGAGAGUGCAAUUAGGCAAAGGCGGAAUCCCAUUCUUGGUCACGCACGAUGCUAGAACGUAAGUUCUGUCAGACAUCAUUCAGCCGUUGGUCCAAGCUUUGGUCGAUCCCCUACGACACACAUUUAGCUAGACCAACGGUUUGAAUUAUCCUUUCCCCCAGAAAUGCUAAUGAAUUAUUCUUCUAGUAUUCGUUACCCAGACCCAGCCAUUAAGGUUAACGACACUGUCAAGAUUGACAUUGCUACCGGAAAGAUCACCGACUUCAUCAAGUUCGACACUGGUGUCAUCGCUAUGGCUACUGGUGGUCGUAACAUGGGUCGUGUCGGUGUCAUCACCCACCGUGAACGUCACGAUGGAGGAUUCAACAUUGUCCACAUCAAGGAUGCCAUAGACAACUCCUUCGCUACCCGUGAGAGCAACGUUUUCGUCAUUGGAGCUGAGAAGCCAUGGAUCUCUCUACCAAAGGGUAAGGGUGUUAAGCUCACCAUCGCUGAGGAGAGGGACCGCAGACGUGCUCAUGCCAUUGCUGCAAACUAAAUGUACGUUUUGCUUUGUAUUUGGGAUUGGGGGGAGUCAUGGUAUGGGAUAUUAAAAUCUCCUUUUUGCAAUAAGCAAGAGUUUAUGAGAAAUACGACUUAUUUAGCAUGAGUCAGUUUUUACCACAAUGAUAUAACCCUCCAAAUCCAGCUUUAAUCGGAUGGUUUGAUUAUGGACUGUCAUGUGAUUUGUAUGUAUAUAUGAGUAGCAGUAACGAGUUGUAUUGAUCCCAGAAGCCAAUGCUAACCUCCAUGCCACCU